AUCCAAGGGAACAAAACGUCUUGAUAACUGCCGACGCAGCCGAUGAGGGGGACCCGCCGGCUUCCCUGAAUGAGACAGCCUAAGGCCCAAAAUGCUUCACGCUUCAGUAACAUUAGCACGGCGUCGUUUCUCUUACAUAUUAACAUGCACGUGGCAUUAUAGGUCAAAUCCAUUCUGUAUUUCACACCAACUCGUCAGAUUCCAUACGACCAGUUUUCUACGAUCACCGGAUCUGAAGCUCUCAAAUACCCAAUCAAAUUCUUUUUCUCUCAGCUACGAAUUGCGAAUUCCCAAUUCUUGCUCGGAAUUGGGUUAUUCGGGAUGGGGAAAGGAGGAGGCUGUGUUCCAAGCAAGAACAAACGCCCUGCCGUUGCUGAAGACCCCCAACGAUCAUCUGUCGACGCGCCGAUCCCUAUUGAGGAAAACGCUGAUAACAAUGCCGCCGUCGCAAUCGAUUCCACCUCACAAUUGAAGAUAUUCAUUGUGUUUUACUCGAUGUACGGUCACGUAGAGGGGUUGGCCAGGCGGAUGAAGAAGGGAGUCGACGGAGUAGAAGGAGUGCAGGCUGUUUUGUAUCGGGUUCCGGAGACCUUACCGGCUGAUGUGUUGGAACACAUGAAGGCACCACCGAAGGACCCUGAGAUUCCGGAGAUAACGGCAGAGGAAUUGACGGAUGCCGAUGGGGUUUUGUUCGGGUUUCCGACGAGGUACGGGUGCAUGGCCGCACAGAUGAAGUCGUUCUUUGACUCUACCGGGCAGUUGUGGAAAGAGCAGAAGCUUGCUGGAAGGCCUGCUGGAUUCUUCGUGAGUACCGGGACACAAGGUGGCGGCCAAGAAACAACAGCAUGGACAGCAAUUACCCAGUUGGCUCACCAUGGAAUGCUAUAUGUUCCUGUUGGUUACACCUUUGGAGCUGGUAUGUUUAAGAUGGAUUCUAUACGAGGCGGCUCUCCAUAUGGUGCUGGUGUUUAUGCUGGUGAUGGCUUGAGAGAGCCAAGUGAAUCGGAGCUGGCACUUGCAGAACAUCAGGGCAAAUAUAUGGCUACAGUGGUAAAGAAGCUUGCUCAGGCUUGAUGAUUUUGUUCCCAAUCUGUUGAACACUUAUGGUCUCUUUCUCUGGGUCAUCCAUUUGAAUACAUUUGUUUGUAAUUGGUCUUGUGUCAAAUAUGAGGAUUAUUACCGUUUAUACUAGCUCCAUUUUUUGUUCAUACAUUGCUUACAAUUUCAAUUUGUACAUGAUUUGAAAUUCUCACACCUGAUUAAAUAAUGUUGUGAAUC